GAUGCUUCUCUCUCUCCCUCUGAUCAGUGGAGAGGGAGGGGGGAGAGACGAGCUAUUACACAGCGGCGGAUACCGCGUGCGACUCCGUUGUUGUGCAAAACAGAGACAUCUCUGUUUUCUCCACCUCUCCGUUUCCUGCUGGAUCCCUUCUGGGGGGGUGGAGGGGAGGAGGGGGGGGUAAUAAUAACACGAUACCAUUCAGUCAGCCUUCGGCCGUAGACUUCUGCUCCGUUUAGAGGCUGUUCUGAAUGACGGGCGGACGGUUCGACUUCGAUGAUGGAGGAACAUACUGCGGAGGGUGGGAGGACGGCAAAGCCCACGGACAUGGCAUCUGUACCGGGCCAAAAGGCCAGGGCGAGUACGCCGGUUCCUGGUCGCACGGCUUUGAGAUAGUAGGGGUGUACACCUGGCCCAGCGGGAAUAUGUACCAUGGCUACUGGUCCCAGGGGAAGCGGCAUGGACUGGGAGUAGAAACCAAAGGGAAGUGGAUUUACCGCGGUGAGUGGAGUCACGGCUUCAAGGGUCGCUAUGGACUCCGACAGAGCCACAAUACACCUGCGAUGUACGAUGGGACGUGGAGUAACGGGCUACAGGACGGGUAUGGGAUUGAGACCUACGGCGACGGUGGUACAUAUCAGGGCCAGUGGAUGGGUGGGAUGCGUCAUGGAUACGGCGCGCGUCAGAGUGUUCCGUACGGCGUGGCCACGGUAAUCCAAUCCCAGCUACGUACCUCCUUGGCAUCCCUGCGCUCCGAGCAGAGUAACGGCGCCGUGCUCCAGGAUCUCUCGGGUGACACGCCCACCGGCGGCCGCGGCGGGUUCGUCCUCAACUUCCACUCGGACAGCGAGGUGGUCACCGGGAAGAAGAAGGGUCUGUUCCGCCGCGGCUCGCUGUUCGGGAGCCUCCGUCGGCUUCACAAGUCCGAAUCGAAGUCGUCCAUCUCCAGCAAGAGGAGUUCGGCACGCAGCGACGCCGCAAUGAGCCGCGUCAGCUCCUCCUCCGGUGACGCCAACUCCACCGUCUCCCUGGGCGACGGAGAGCUGCCGGAAGAGGACCUGCUAUUGGAGGAUCACGUGGACGCCACCACCACCGAGACGUACACGGGGGAGUGGAAGAACGACAAGCGCAACGGGUUCGGCGUCAGCGAACGUUCCAACGGGAUGAAGUACGAGGGGGAGUGGCUGAACAACAAGCGCCACGGUUACGGGUGCACCACCUUCCCCGAGGGGAACAAGGAAGAAGGGAAGUACAAGAAUAACGUGCUGGUACGUGGAAUAAGGAAGCAGUUGAUCCCGCUAAAGAACCCCAAAACCAAAGAGAAGGUGGACCGGGCAGUGGAGGGGGCGCGGAGGGCAGGGGCCAUCGCCAGGACGAAAGUGGAAAUAGCAGCUUCAAGGACGGCUCAUGCCAGGACGAAGGGAGAGGCAGCAGACCAGGCAGCUCUCUCGGCCAGACAAGAUUGUGACAUUGCUAGGGCCGUCUCUAGGGAGCUGUCCCCAAACUUCCACCAACCAGGUCCUGACUAUAUUAAGCAGGCGUUCAUGGAGCCAGUGGAGAUCCCCAAGGAUCCCCCUGAAGAGAAGGAGAAGGACAACCCCGCCGGGCCCACCCCUCCCCCGUCGCCACACAGCAACAGCGUCUCCACCGCCGCCUCCCGCAAGAUCAGCAAGGACGAAUCGUCGCACAGUCGCAAGGCCAGCAAAGAGGAGAAGCCGGGCCUUAAGAUCAGCAAGGACGAAUCGUCGCACAGUCGCAAGGCCAGCAAAGAGGAGAAGCCGGGUCUUAAGAUCAGCAAGGACGAAUCGUCGCACAGUCGCAAGGCCAGCAAAGAGGAGAAGCCGGGCCUUAAGAUCAGCAAGGACGAAUCGUCGCACAGUCGCAAGGCCAGCAAAGAGGAGAAGCCGGGUCUUAAGAUCAGCAAGGACGAAUCGUCACACAGUCGCAAGGCCAGCAAAGAGGAGAAGCCGGGCCUUAAGAUUAGCAAUGAGGAGCGGUCGAGCAGAAAGUUGAGUAAAGAGGAGAGGGUGUCCAUCGCUGCCGAGCCUCCAAUAUCUGCUGCUCCCUCUUCCCAAAUUAGAUACAAGGAGGCUCCGGCCAAACCCCCCAAGGCCCCGGAGCCUGGCCCCACCAACGUACCACCUCCCCAGGUCAGAGACGAGGAUGCUCCAGCUCCGGCCAAACCCCCCAAGGCCCUGGAGCCCGGCCCCACCAACGUACCACCUCCCCAGGUCAGAGACGAGGAUGCUCCAGCUCCGGCCAAGGCCCCCAAGGCCCCGGAGCCCGGCCCCACCAACGUACCACCUCCCCAGGUCAGAGACGAGGAUGCUCCAGCUCCGGCCAAACCCCCCAAGGCCCCGGAGCCCGGCCCCACCAACGUACCACCUCCCCAGGUCAGAGACGAGGAUGCUCCAGCUCCGGCCAAACCCCCCAAGGCCCUGGAGCCCGGCCCCACCAACGUACCACCUCCCAAGGCUGCUGCUCCACAGACGGUAGUGGGUCCUGGUAAUGGAAUAGGUCAGCUCCACUCUCAGUAUCAUAGCUACUACGUUAAAACCCCAUCCAGGGGACUCCUGCCCCCGGAACCUGAGCCUGAGGAGGACGAGGAGCCCAGUCAACUGACCCUGGCCAGGAUGGCCCCGCCAACCCACAAGCCGACGCCCACCAGCGAACCGUGGAAACUCAGGAAGCAGGAUUCGCUGAAACCAAAGAGCCUAGCAGAGACCAAGAAGGCCAGUAUGGAGAUGGCUGAGGGAAAGGACGAAGAGAAGGCUCCUAACUCUAUCCUGGUUGCUAUGGUGAUGCUGUUGAAUAUCGGCCUAGCGAUCAUAUUUGUUCACUUCCUGACAUGACGGUCCUGUUUCUCAGUGAUGCCAUGGCAACCGGUGCAGAUGCGUUGCCGGGCUUUAAAAAUGUAAAUGGUCGGCAGUCAGACUCGGGGCGAGGCCGCAGGAGCUUGGGAAACAGCUGUGUGACAUAGGAGAGAGGCAGGAGAGAAGGACCCGCAGCCUGUCCUGGGUCGUCCACAACCCUGCCUGAUCAUAAUUUCUCUCCUCUGGAGCCUGUGAAAGAACACACACACACACACACACACACACACACACACACACACACACACACACACACACACACACACACACACACACACACACACACACA